ACAGUACCCAUCUCAUGUGACAAGUAAGGAAGAUUUUGAAUUCUUACAAAACCUUAAAGCAAAAACUCAUUCAAUUACUAAGAAAAUCUUUCUAAGGAUUCGGAUGGCAUCGACGGUCUUAAAAAACCACCUUCCGUUGAGUCCAACGACCCAAGAAACAGAGCCUAAUAAUAUAAUCACCCUCACAGAAUGGGGACUGAAAACUCGUCUUGUCAGCCGUGAAAACUCCAUUUCUAGAAGGUUUUCAGCUUCAUACCUACGUAAUUUGAGAGAUGAUACCAAAUCUUUCCGAUCAAACUUCACCAUUUCCAGCACCACUUCUUCCCCUGGUUAUCCCCUCUUCAAAGAUUUUGAUCAGGAAAUUAUUGAUCCAUCAACUUAUUCCUUCACUAACGCCAUUCGAGCUCUACAAGCGAGAUCAUCAAACUGUUGGGAAAUGAUAUCUCCAUCGCGGGAAGGGAUUUGUUUGAACUCGAAAUGGACUGAAGCUGAGAAAUAUAUAUCAAACCCUUUAUCUGGAGAAGUUCCAAUCGCCUGUCUUUCUUCAAAAACACUUGAAAACACUUCAUUCCGUCACUUAACUGGAAAGAUAACAAUGUCAGCUCCUCUUCUUUACUCUUCUCUCUCUAGACAACCUUGUCCAGUUUCCCCUCUCAUCAUCUCACAUGAUCAUCAAGAUCAAGAUCAAGAGCUUCAUCAUCAUUUCCCUCAUUCGCCAGAUAAGAAGUUGAGGACAAGAGAUGUUGGAACACAGAGUAGUACACCAUUAGAGGUUAGUUCACGUGGUUCAAGCCCAAUUCAAGAUCAGAAUGAAAUCAUCAAGAAGAAGACAGAUAUUGUUGAUGAUGACUCCCUUCUUCUUUCUAUUAUUGCUAAAUUGAAGUUUGAUGAUAAGAUGCAGGUGGAAGUGAAAGAGGUAUCUAGAGAGAAAGGAGUAGAAGAAGAAGAAGAGAAGAAAGGGGAUAUGGAAUUGAAGAAAUCAAUAAUUAAUGGUAGGAAGAAGACAAUGACUGGUAGAUGCUUGCCGUGGAAGGGUGGUUUAUGGGUGGUGUGUAAAUCAGGGCAGCGAAGAAGUGGGGAAGAACAGAAGACCAGCUGCAGCAAUAGACAAAGAAAGAAGAGUAUUUCAGUUCACAAUCAUAUUAUAUAAUUAUAAUAUAGUGUGUUUUGCUAGCCUAGCAAAAACAAUAUUAAAUAUUUUGUAAUCAUCCAUCCUUUUUAAUGUCAGCCAUAUGUAAUGUAAUAGAGAGGUAAUAGAUUCUGUUGCCUGCUCUAUCAGUAACCUUUUUAUAUGGCUGAAAAAUACUUAUUAUGAUGGCAGGUUGGAUGUUGAUUUACUUGUGUUUAGGGUCAUUUGGUCUUUA